UGGUGAAAUGUUUUGCAACUAACAUCUGUGUGCGUUGAGGCGAGGAAGAGGGGGUGUGUACACAGGCAGCGCAUGAAACGGUGACCAAACCUGGCAACAUCUGUGAUAUAGUUCAAGCCAUUGAAGGUAGCAGACAUGGAAAUCGAGACUGAUGGCUUCCGCAUCUCCUCCAACUUCGACUCCGGCAACCUGCAGCGGGUGGAGAAGGUCGAGCCGGGCUCCAACCACUUUGAUGGCCAAGACGCGGACGACCUGUGCGCCUACGAGUUCAACUGCUGGGUGCGGCCAGACUGCGGCGGCACCGAGUACGAGAACAACAACCGCACCUGGUUCCACUUCAGCCUGUCCGGCGGGCCACCGUUCGCCACGGUGCGGUUCAACAUGAUGAACCUGAACCGGCAAGGCAAGCUGUACGCCCAAGGCAUGCGCACAGACACACACCUGUACAAGGUGGAGGAGAGCAACUUCGUGAUGAGCUUCAAGUACUAUACGCUGGAAGACGCCCGCUGCACCACCUACUUCGCCUUCAGCUUCCCAUACUCCUACACCGAACUGCAGACUGAACUGAACGCUCGCGACCUGCAGUUCCGGCUGUCGCCACCUGUCGACAUCUACUAUCACCGCGAGUUGCUCACGUACACGCUAGAUGGCAGACGGGUGGACCUGCUGACCAUAACGGCGGCGGACGGCGGCGAAGGCCGCGAGAUGCGGCUGCCUGGCCUGUUCCCGCUGGCUCUCAGCGAGCCGCGCGCCAUCCGAUUCCCCGGCCGUAAGGUGGUGCUGCUGUCGGCGCGCGUCCACCCGGGCGAGACGCCCUCCAGUCACGUGCUGAACGGCUGCCUGCGCUUCCUCCUGUCGGCGGACGCGCGCGCCGCCCGCCUCCGUCGGCUCUACGUGGUGAAGGUGGUGCCGAUGCUGAACCCGGACGGCGUGGCGCGCGGCCACUACCGCACCAACAUCCACGGCGCCAAUCUGAACCGGAUGUACGGCGACCCGACGCGCGCCCUCUACCCGGAGGUGCACGCCGCCAAGAGCGUGGCGCUGUACCACCACCUGGGACGCGUACCGGCCGAGUGCGAGGUGCUCGACUCGGAGCCGAGCGUGGCGGAGGUGGACGCGCGGUUUGUGCGGCCGCGCGAGCUGGCGGCCCCCGUGCCGCGGCCGCCCGAGCUGGAGGACGUGUCCAACGACGCCUCGUGCUUCUGCGGCGGCGACGACGAGAGCAGUCUGGGCAUGCCCGACCUGAGCCCGCUCAAGUCGCUGCUGCAGCUGACGCCUCCUCCGCCGCCGCGCAAGACGGAGGCGUGCGAGGCUGCCGCCACGGUGGCGGAGGCGGCAGUGCGAGAGAGACCCGCCUCGGCGGCCCCGGCCACCGGCCGUCAGCAGUGGGCCGAGCCACGGCCGAGUGCCGGCUCCGACUCGGAGUCGCUGGUGUCGUCCGGCGAGACGGAGUCGUCGGCGGCCGGCGGCAGCGCCUCCACCGUGGACAGCAGCGAGACAACUGCCGUACCCAGCGACGGCGACUCCAACCUCUUCCUCUACGUCGACAUGCAUGGCCACGCCUCCAAGCGAGGCUGCUUCAUGUACGGCAACCACUUCUCGUCGGAGGAGACGAUGCUGGAUUGCAUGCUGCUGCCGAAGCUGGUCUCGCUGAACUCGGCCAACUUCGACUUCCUCGCAUGCAACUUCACAGAGAAGAACAUGCACCACAAGGGCAAGAAGGACGGCCUCAGCAAGGAGGGCAGCGGCCGCGUGGCCAUCUACCGCUCCACCGGCCUGGUGCGCAGCUACACGCUCGAGUGCAACUACAACACGGGCCGCUUCUGCAACGUGCUGCCGCCGCUGCCGGGCGAGCGCGAGCCGCCGGCCGACCGGCCGCUCGUCUUCGAGCCCGUCCCCUACACGCCGGCACACUACGAACAGGUGGGCGAGGCGCUGAUGGUCUCCAUCCUGGACGUGACGGGCGACAACCCGCUCUCGCGGCUGGGCCGCUCCGAGUACCGGGACACGGCCGGCGUGCGCGCCUGGAUCAGAAGGUUCAUGCAGGUGACCAAGUUCGGCGAGAACAACAUCCUGUUCUCGCCGGAGAAGACGGCCCGCACCAUGAAGACGCUCACCAGCGAGCGGCAGCGGCGCACGUCGUGCCCGCCUGAGGAGCGCAGCCCGACGGCGGCGGCGGCGGUGGGUUCG